AUGUACCCCCAACUCGCCGUCCUCCUCGCAUCCCUCGCCGCCGCACAGCAGCUCUCCUGCUCUGCCCCCGCCCCGGACCCCUGUCUCUCCCCCUCCCCCGGCGGACUGUUCGUGUUCAGGCAACGCCACGAGCCUGAUACCGGGGGAGACUUUGGCAGCUGGGGCAUCGACGGCGUUGAAGUCUUGCACUGCGAGACCCAACUGCCACAAGAUACGAUCACUUACGGACCUACCUACUCGCACGAGGAAGUCGGGUCCUACUGUCUCAAGUCACCGCUCUUUGCGGGUGAGAAUGCAUUCGUAGAGGCAGAGAAGGAGUGGGCCCAGAGUGAGGUCGGGGAGGGUGUCGAAGAGGUUUGGGAGCGAGCGUGGAAUACUGCUGGGAGAUACAUCUCUACAUUAAGCUCCAAGUGCUUCAAGAAGCCCUCCAAGGGAGUUGGAGUUCCUCAAUUCUUUGCUGUUCUUCAGCAGCUCAACAGGGAUCACCCCACUGGCCAGUUGCUCGCAGACAGGGCGAUCACAUGCGACAACACGACGCUGUCGGCUGUCUCGUGGCCGCUAGCUGCGCGUGGUAGUUUCCAGGAAGGUGCAUUUGAGCCUGCUUCUGGACUGGAACGUGCUGCGGGAUGCCCCAGUGACGGUAUCAUCUACCAGCCCUCCACGGCCCGGCCGGUACCGAGUGAGACAGCGAGCUGGGACAGCAUUCUCCGCCCGUCGCCCAGGCCGAUUACGCUCUCCCAUGACGAGUCUAAAGUGUACCGCGCCCAGCAGCCAGCCGACCCGAGGCAGAAGCUUGCCAUGUUCAAGGAAGGGAACGCCGAGAAGGACGAAUGGAGAGAGGAGCGGGCGCAGAAGAAAUUUGGGCGAGACGAGCUGUAA